ACCAGAGCCAUUUUAUACACAUAUGUGUGUGUUAGGGAGAAUGUGAUACAUGGAAAUCUCAGAUUUAUUCAUUCUGCUGUCCACAAAACAAUUUGAGACCACUUUCCUUGUUUUGAAAGCACAAAAUUUGACUUGCUAGGCUGGCAACAAAAGCAUACAUUAAAAAAUUUUCCGAAAGCAGACUAUUUGUUUUUGCAUUUUUAUCCUGCAUGUGAGCAGGCCAACAUGCUGCAAAUGCUCCUUAUCCAUUCUGGACAUCUGUUAUGGACUUAAAAAUUCCUAAGUACAACUGAGGCUCUUACUGUCAUCCAGGUUUGCAUUUUUCCAAAAGGUUCCAAGUUUAUUUCUGUAUUUAAUAUGUAAAAUCCCAGACAGUUCCCAGAUUUCCACGUGGCUAUGUAAAAUAAAUGCAGUAGCUGACAAGGACUGUGACCUUUGUCAGCAUGUGCUUGCCAGUCACUUUGCAGUGACAGGAAGUUGCUCUGACUCUAGUACUAGAGAACCUUUUCUGUCUGAAAAUAAACAGUAAACCCAAAUACUACAUGUUGCAGAAUACUGUUUUAGAUUACUUUAUUUAUACAUGGCCAAAAAGAAAAAAAAAAUCUUGUUCUUUCUUUUCUAGUAUCUGAAGCUGAAUGAAUUUUCAAAGCAUAAUCCCUUUUUUUGCGUUUGCUCUGUUGAAUCUUCUUCUGGAAACAUGGAUGAUGGUGCUUUGUUUUCUGAGCGGAACACUGCAGCUAGCAAGACAUUCAUCCAGUCCACUGGGGAGACAACUCUGCUCAAACAGUGCAAAGAAGCCUGUGCUGACUUUAUUCACCAAGAAACCAUGCCCUCUAUGUGAUGAAGCAAAAGAAGUUCUUGAGCCAUAUAAGAGAAGGUUUAUUUUGCAGGAGGUAGAUAUUACACUUCCAGAAAACUCGGCAUGGAAUGAUAAAUACAAAUAUGACAUACCUGUUUUUCAUUUAAAUGGGAAGUUCCUAAUGAAGCAUCGAGUGGACAUUAAAAAGUUUGAGGACCAACUUAAGAAACUGGAGUUGCAAAAAUGAUGAAAACCAGUGAAGAAAAUGCUGCUGCUUUGGUAUGGAUCUGAAAGGCCUGUGCAAAAUGUUCUGUGCACUGUGUGGAAAACCAGUAUGCAUUAUCUGGCCUUGUGUUUUCUGGAACAUACAGUGUCAGUGUGCAGAAAACUUGAGUGACUUGUGUUCUGUUUUGUAUUAAUCACCCAGUCCAGCUGCACUGGUAGCUCAUUUGCUGCUCUCCUGGGCAGGCUUUGCACUGACAGAAUAAAUGCUGCUCCAUAACAACAGAUAAA